AUGAGUUGGACUACACUUGCGCGUUUGAUUUCCAAAAGCCGACCACAUCUUGUGCCCGGAAAACUUCUGGUUACCGAGUUGUGGUUCGAAGUACCCCUCGAUUAUUCCAGACCAACUGGCAAACAGAUCAAGCUAUUUGGCAGAACUGUAUCCAAGUAUGAGCGUCCCAUAAUCGAGCCAUCGCCAGAAGAUCAGGCCAAGGCAGCGCAGAAACCUCUGCUUGUCUACCUACAGGGUGGGCCUGGGUUUGGUAAUCCACAACCCCAAGAUAGCACAUUGUCAUCGCACAUGCUCGACAGAGGCUAUGAACUUCUCCUGCUUGACUACCGAGGCACAGGCUUCAGUUCCACCGUCUCGGCUGAGACCCUCAAACACAUCGGAGGUCCUCAGGAGCAAGCCGAUUAUCUGAAACACUUCCGUGCGGACAACAUCGUGAGGGAUUGUGAGUCCGUCCGUAAAUACCUGACGAAAGAAUAUCCGCCGGAGAAGCAGAAAUGGUCGACAUUUGGGCAGUCUUUCGGUGGCAUGACAACCCUCACGUACCUAUCGCUCCAACCCGAUGGCUUGCGCGAAUGCUUCAUCACUGGUGGCUUGGUGGCUCUGGACAAGAAUGCCGAAGAAACCUACCAAUCUACCUUCGGAAAAGUCAUUGAAAGAAACAAGAUAUACUACGAAAAGUUCCCAGCAGAUGUUGCUGAUGUCAAAGAGAUUGCCGCCAAAAUCCGCGAGCUAGGAGGGAAUGAAGGCAUCCGUUUGCCUGCCGGGGGAAGACUGACCGUUCCGCUCUUUCUCACACUGGGCAUCAAUUUUGGCAAGUACUAUGGCUUGGACAUAGUUCACAAUCAUGUCGUUAGAAUGAAGGGUGACAUUGACCAAUUCGGCUUCUUUACAAGAGCUACUCUGAACGAUAUCCAACAAGCAAUGGGUUGGGAUGAUGCGCCUAUAUAUAGCGUUCUCCACGAACCCAUUUGGUGUUAUCGUCCUGGAAUAGCAAGCAAUUGGGCUGCUGAGCGGGUAGGCAAAAGUCUCGAGAACUUUCAGUGGCUACAGAAAGAUUGGGCGGGACCGCAGUCUUUGAAAGACAAGGAGCCACUCUUCUUCUCGGGGGAGAUGGUAUAUCCAUUCUUUUUCGACACUAGCGACGAGCUCAACCAGCUGAAAGAGACCGCCGAGAUUCUCGCCAAAUUUGAUGAAUGGCCAGCGCUCUAUGACGAAGCUCAACUACGAAAGAACACAGUCCCAGUCUACGCGGCCAUCUACGAAGACAUGUAUGUAUUUCCAGAGGACUCGAGAAAGACCGCCUCCAUCAUCAAAGGCUGCAAGACUUGGGAGACGUCAGUCCAUUUCCACGGGGCUCUGAGAAGCCACGCAGCAGAUGUCUUCAGGGAGCUGUUGCGAUUGCGCGACGAUACCAUCAAUUAA